AUGUCGAAGCCUCCUCCCAAACCGGCCAAACCAGGCCAAGUGAAAGUCUUCAGAGCCUUGUACACCUUUGACCCCAGAUCGACUGCUGAACUGUACUUUGAAGAGGGAGACAUCCUCUACAUAUCUGACACAAGCGACAGUAACUGGUGGAAAGGAACUUGCAGAGGGAGAACAGGGUUUAUACCAAGCAACUACGUGGCUGAGAAUGCAGAAACUAUUGACAACCCAAUGCACGAGGCAGCCAAGAGAGGAAAUCUGAGCUGGCUGAGGGAAUGCCUCGAGAACAAAGUGGGAACCAAUGGUCUGGACAAAGCUGGAAAUACUGCCCUCUACUGGGCAUGCCAUGGUGGACACAAAGAUGUGGUGGAGAUGUUGCUCAGCCAGCCCAGUGUGGAACUUAACCAACAGAAUAAACUGGGAGACACCGCACUACAUGCUGCUGCUUGGAAAGGUUACGCUGACUUGGUGGAGAUGUUGUUGAACAAGAAUGCAAAGACAGACAUCAGGAACAAUGAAAACAAGCUGGCAUUAGAAAUGGCGACCAAUGCCCAGUGUGCGACACUUCUGAAGAGGAAACUGGGAGCCAACCUCUCCCGGACACACAGUAACGCUGAUGAGUAUUUGGAUGAUGAAGACUCAGACUGA